AUGUCGCCAUCGAAACCUAAGGUCAUUGGAGUCGGCACUACAUGCUAUGUGACGACCACAGAAAACAAAACCGUCCUGAAGGGGUACCGAGUCUGGUUUGACGGGAAUCUCGUCUUUGAUUACGGGGCUGCGUGCGAGGAGCGCCUAGCCCGGGAAUACACAAUCUACAAACACCUCGGCAAACAUCCUCGAAUUUUGACGUGCUUCGGCCUUGAAGAGGUGCAUCCUGGCGUCCGCUCGCUUCGUCUGGAGAUGGCUCCCUUGGGGUCCAUCCGCGCGUACAUACAGAAUAAGUCAAACAGCCCACCUCCUAUCCGACAGCGCCUACAGAUGGCCCUUGAUGUAGCUGCCGGCUUAAGCUACAUACACUUACGAGGUGCAAUGUCAUGCGAUCUAUCUUGUUCAAAUCUUUUCAUCCUAGACGGACUCCGCAUUAAGCUUGGCGACUUUGGCGGGGGUCUCCUUAACGGGUUCGAUUUUAAAUGGGACCAGACGCACGAGUCUCGUUACCACUUGCCUUCACGAGGAAGGCAGUACAAUGACGUGCCGCUUAUGAAGAGGGAGCUUUUCGGCCUGGGAUCGGCUAUAUAUGAAAUCAUUGCGUGGAAAAGACCCUUUCCGGAACUGAAUGAUGACAAAGUAGAUAACAAAUAUGCUAGGGAGGAGUUUCCACCACUUCACAGCAAUGUUGCUAGACACAUAAUUUGGAAUUGUUGGACUGAAGCUUAUGCAAGUGCGCGAGAAGUCGCCAGUGAUUUGGAUCAGAUUUCAGAUAUAGAGUCGUAA